AUGCCGGCUAAACACUUUCAACUCUUCGCCAAAGCCUUGGCCAAUGACCUAGAAUUCAAAGUCAGGCAAGUGCAGCAGGGCAGAGUUUCAAACAGCAUGCCUCCUGCUCAUCAACGUGUAUGCCAUUCUGCAAGACUUCAAGCUGACACUCGAGUGCACUCAAAGGUGAUGGAUCCCCCAGCACCUUCCAUACCGUCCUCUGAGGGACAUUCUACCAGCAUUUCUGAAUCACCUGGACCCAGACUCACCAUCCAGUGGCAGAGUGAAAGCGCCCUGACUGAUGUAUUGGUAAACUAUCUAACUGCUCACCCUGCUGAUUGCAGGAUACUCUUCUAUUCCAAUGGGAAGAAAGCCAUGUCCCCUGUUGAUGACCAGCCCUCGGGCUUGGACAAGGGGCAGAUUUGCACCGUUAUUGCCAAGGUCAUCUUUACCAGCCACCCAAAGUAUGACCAGGCAUACCAGCACAAUCAGAAGAAGUUCCACAAUGCAGUCUCUAAUUGCAUCACAAAAUCAAAAUACAAGAAGCUCAAGGCCCAAUUCAGCGAGACAGGCACUGGUGUAAUGCCGCUUGAUGGGACGGCUUCAAAAAAUUUGCUGGACUCCGUUCUUGUGGAGCUCCCAUGGUACAUGGAGCUUGACGCCAUAUGGCAUGCCAAUCCUUCAAUGGCUGCCAAAACUCAUUCGUCCAAGCCCGGUAUUGACCACGCUGCCGCUCUUUACUCACUCAUUCAACUGCAUGGGGCUGGUCCCUUGAUCGGUGCACAUAAUAUGCCUCCUCCUGCCGCAUAUCCACCUGGAGUCCCUCCAGCGGCACACCCAUAUGGUGAUCCCCCAGUUGAUCCACAACUAUGUCAAGCGGCUCCUGCUCCUGCUCCCCCUCUAUUACACCUUUGUGGCCUGAAUUCCCCUGAUGUCGAGAUCCAUCAAGUGGCUCCUUGUUAUGAUCAACGUUCACCGAUUGAUGCAGUUGGUAACAUUCAUGACACUCCUGCUCCUGCUCCCCCUGCUCCCCCUCCAUUACACCUUCGUAGCCUGGAUUCCCCUGAUGUCGAGAUUGAGGACAAUUUCAUACCUCCCUCCCUAUGCAACUUGGAGAGAAGCCCUUUUGACGUCCCCCUUGGAGACACUUUGGACCACCUUAACGACAACAACAAUAACAACGACAUGAUGUUAGAUGGCACCGGCACUCUCAACAGCCCUCCCUGA